AUGGAUCUGGCAUUAGAAGCCAUCGCCCUGAAGCAUAUUAUCAAGCAUAUUCCUUCUCCUAGACCAUCAGAAGGACACACUUCGCCUCUGUUCGUCGGUAUUCAAGGCCCGCAAGGUAUCGGUAAAACGACACUCACCGCACAACUCGCUUCCACAUUGUCUCAGGAACCAUAUUCGUUUCGUGUUGUGACUUUCUCCAUUGAUGACCUCUACUUGGGUCAUGAGGCCCUCAAGGAUGUGGGUCGUGCCAACCCCAAGAAUGGUCUCCUGCAAGGACGAGGACAGCCAGGAACGCACGAUAUUCCGUUAGGCGCAGAAACUUUGAAAGGAUUGAGCCAGAUAAACCUACGAGAUAGUGCGA